AUGGCGACUAUCAAGGGUGUUCACCUCAUUGGCAGUAUCCAAGCCCCAGACGCAGAGUCUGCCAUGAGGAGAGUCUGCACUGGCCUUCCCGGAAGACUGAAGCGUGUCCCUGAUGGCGAGACUGGCAGUCGAAACUACUUUACAUUAUGGCAGUACUACCUGUUCAAGGUUGCGCCGCAGAUGAUGGUGUCUUUUGAAGAUAAUACCGAAAGUGCAAAGAGAGUGUUUACGGACGAGGAGGUCGACGAAGGCAUUGAGCAAUUGAAGAAAGCUGGUAUCGAGACUGGCUACGAUGAUGCAGCGAUCGAGAGUUAUGCUGUCUUUAAAAGAUUACGCGAUGAGGGAGUCAUACCUCAAGGAGUGAAGUUCCAGGUCGGAAUACCCUCUGUCGCGAGCGUCGUCUCUGUCUUCGUUGAAGCAGCCUUUCAACCAAAAGUAUAUCCCAUCUACGAAGAAGCUCUCUUUCGAGCGCUUCGUGUCUUGCAAGAUAAGAUCCCACACGAGGAUCUAGCCAUCCAGCUUGAUCUCGCCGUCGAUACUGCUUUCUGGGAAGGCGCUUAUCUCACGCCGUGGUUCAAAGACAAAUUCAACGUCAAAGACUAUGUGACAGAAUACCUCCUUCGAAUGAUCGAACACGUCGACCAAGACGUCGAACUUGGUAUCCACAACUGCUAUGGUGACAUGAACCACCAGCAUUGGUUCGAGCCAACCUCUCUAAGAGCCGUAGUCGAUCGAGGUCUACGUUUAUUCGAGAAGUCCUCUCACAAGAUCAACUGGUUCCACUUACCAGUCCCUGUGAGCACCAUGGAAACUCUGGAGGCAUUUCUUGCCCCGCUGUCCGAUCUGGUGCCGAAGUUGAAGGAGAAUAACACGGAUCUAGUUCUCGGGCUUGUUCAGUACGACGACGAAGGGGGUACCAGGAAACGAAUCGACGCAGCGAGCAAAUUCGUUUCGGAGUUCGAGAUCGCAACCGAGUGUGGAUGGGGUCGAACGCCAGAAGACCAAAUCGACAACAUCAUGGAGUUAUCCUGUGGACUUUCACAGCCCGUAUCUUGA